AUGAGAAGAGAGAAUUUCCUCAGGACUAGUCGUGCUGUUGCCCUUCUUCCAUCCAUCAUCGGUCACCCACCGGACGUGGAAGAAGGACCAUGCACGCCGUCAGCACCUCCUUUCGAGUUCCUGGAGCCAGUCCGUGGCUACGAGGGUCUUUCCUUCCUUGCCAGUCAGGAGCUGCAGCGCCUCGAGACGCAAACUAAGUCCCCGGUCUACUCUUUCUACAUGGAGACCCUGACGGGGUUGUCGACCAUCAGGGCGUACGGCCAGGGGAAGCGAUUCUUCCAACUCGCACUGGACCGACUCGACGUCUCCAACAACGUGUCUCUCCUCAAGGAGGCCAGUCACCGCUGGCUCGGCGUCGCCCUCGACAGCCUCGGAGGGACGAUGGUGUUCGUGGCGACUUUGUCCUCGUUGACGGCGGCCACGCUCUACCCAGAAUCGGUGUCGCCGGCCUGGAUUGGCCUGGCCGUCAACUACAUGCUUCUCGUGCCGGUCUACCUCACGUGGGUUGUGAAGUACAUCGCCGAAGUGGAGAUGUGCAUGUCCUCUUUGGAGUGGAUCUACGCUUGCAUGAAGAAUGCCCCGCGCGAGGAGGAUGGGGAAUCGGAAUCGGCGGCAGACGAAGGAGAUCCAGAUGCCUCGCAGAGCUCGAGGAGUUCGGUGCAGAAACUGUCAGGUGCCAGGCUUACCCUGGACCGCGUGAACGUCGGCUACGACCCCACCGCUGAGCCGGUUCUCAAGAACAUCUCCCUCACCGUGCAACCUUCCACCCGAAUGGGGAUCUGCGGCCGAACGGGGAGCGGGAAGUCCACGCUGCUCCUCUCCAUCCUGCGCAUGGUGGAUCACAUCGACGGCACGAUCCAGAUCGACGGGCAGGACACGACGUCCAUCCCUCUCAGGGAACUGAGGUCGAGGGUCAUCUGCGUCCCCCAGGAGCCGGUCCUCUUCUCCGGCUCCAUACGAAGCAAUUUGGACGUUCGCGGGGCGUUUCCGGACGAUGUGCUGUGGGACGUGCUGAGGGAAGUCGGGAUGGACGACGUCGUUCUUGCUCGGGCGAGAGGAUUAGAUGAGGACGUGGUGCAGGAGGGAUUGAACCUGAGCGUGGGGCAGUGCCAGGCGCUGUGCCUGGCGAGAGCCCUGCUGCGAGCGCGAGACGAGGCGACGAGACACGGGCGUCCCCUCCUGGUGCUCAUCGACGAGGCGAGCAGCGCGAUGAACCCGGAAGCGGCCGACAAGCUCACGGCUGCCCUGGACCACGGAUUCCUCGGCUCCACCGUCGUCACCGUCGCCCAUCAAGUGGGGAGCCUGACGAAGCAGGAUUGGGUGGUGGUGCUGGACGACGGCAGAAUCGUGGAGCAGGGAACUCCCCAGGAGCUCCUCGGGGAAGAAGGUGCCUUCGCCCAGAUGUUUCACGCGCCGUCCGAUGGCGGCCUCUGAGGCGUCCGAUUGCAUUUAACACGUACUAACUGAGGAUCGAAAGGAUGUCUGCAGUACAAGCGCGGCGACCGAUGGUGCUCUUAACUCUGGCUUUUCCUAAACGUCUUUCGUAUACCAUGUCUUUCAUUUUUCACGGCUUUUCGUUUCGCGAACUGAUUCAACUGAUGAUUUUUGAUGCUUGGAUAAAGAAAAACGGUGGCAUUCGAUAAAAAUUUUCUCACCU